GGCUCAGCUGAGCUAUAAAAAGGCAUAGCAAGGGGGAGGGAGGGCUGCCGUGCAGUAGGAACUGUGCAGACACACACACACACGGGGAUCCAGGGACGGCAGCCCCUUGCACUGGGAUCUAGAGCCACAGCGCGAAAAAGAGAGUUGAAGGAAAACCCUCAUCUAACGCAACACAAUGGCAGACAAAAUUAAAGAUGCUAAGAUCAUCUUUGUUGUUGGUGGGCCUGGCUCCGGAAAGGGCACCCAGUGUGAGAAGAUAGUCGCAAAGUAUGGCUACACCCACCUGUCCUCUGGGGAUCUGCUCCGUGCUGAGGUGGCUUCUGGCUCUGAGAGGGGCAAGCAGCUCCAGGCCAUCAUGCAGAAGGGAGAGCUUGUGCCCCUGGACACAGUCUUAGACAUGAUUAAGGAUGCCAUGAUCGCCAAGGCUGAUGUCUCCAAGGGCUACCUUAUUGAUGGCUACCCCCGUGAGGUGAAGCAGGGCGAGGAGUUCGAGAAGAAGAUCGGCAAACCCUGCAUGCUGCUGUACGUUGAUGCCAAAGGAGACACCAUGGUCAAGAGGCUUGUGAAGCGCGGUGAGACCAGUGGCCGUUCUGAUGACAACGAGGAGACCAUCAAGAAGCGCCUGGACUUGUAUUACAAAGCAACUGAGCCAGUCAUCGCCUAUUACGAGGGCCGUGGCAUUGUCAGGAAGGUCGACUCUGAGCUGACAGUGGAUGAGGUCUUCUCCCAAGUCUCCAAGGCUAUUGAUGCACUGUAGUAAAACAACAUAACUAGA